CGCAGAGUGGCUACGUCAGCGCCACCCAUCUAAGUGUCUAGUUGUCGCAGGAAUUUUGCGUCUUAUAAAAAACACAACCUCUAAUAUUGCGGUUGUAAAUAAUGUAUGGAUAAAAACCCCCUCCGGCGGACAUGUAAAGUCCGACCUGUAGCUUAAGUGCUGAAGUGGAAGCUGAUGAACCACGAUGCCUCAGAAGAUCCUGAAGAGCGCUCAUUACAUAGAACUGGGCAGCUAUCAGUACUGGCCGGUUCUCGUGCCCAGAAAGAUCCGACUUUACACUUAUGAACAGAUCCCCGUGUUCUUGAAGGAGAACCCUUACAUCACAGAUGGGUACAGAGCACAUCUGCCUUCUCGCUUAUGUCUGAAAAGCAUAUUUAUUCUGUCUAAUGAGACGGUGAACAUCUGGAGCCAUCUGCUGGGCUUCGUGUUGUUCUUCUUGUUGGGGGUGAAUGACGUGUCCACAGUGUUACCAGCUGCAGGAGCCUCCAGAGAGGAUUAUGUCAUCUAUUCCAUAGGGCUGUUUUGCUUUCAGGUGUGUAUGUUGUGCUCGGCGGGUUAUCACCUUUUCUGCUGCCAUCGCUCGGAGAAGACGAGCCGCCGCUGGCUGGCCCUGGAUUACGCCGGGAUCUCGGUGGGAAUUCUGGGAUGCUACGUCCCAGGAGUGUUCUACGCCUUCUACUGCGACGCUUUCUGGAGGCAGGUGUACCUGAUCACGGUCCUGGCUCUUAUCCUGGCUGUGUUCUCAGCUCAGAUCCACCCGCUGUACCACACUCAGGAGUGGAAGAUGCUGCGCUCGGUCAUUUUCUGCUCUGUGGCGGCGUACGGCAUCAUCCCCGCCUGCCACUGGGUUUGGCUCCACGGAGGCUUCCGCUCUGAGAUCGUACAGGUGUUUUUUCCACGAGUCAUGGUCAUGUAUGUGAUCGCUGCCUCAGCCUUUCUGUUCUACAUCAGUAAAGUCCCUGAGCGUUACUUCCCAGGGCAGCUGAACUACCUCGGUGCCAGUCACCAGCUGUGGCACGUUCUGGUGGUGUUGAUGUUCUACUGGUGGCACCAGACGGCCGUCUACAUCACGCACUACAGGCACAGUGAGCCGUGUCCAAGGGUGUAUCCUGCCUCGAUGCCCGAUGACGCCUGAGAUAGAAAAUGAAAGAAUGAAUGAAUGAAUGUUAUAAGAUAUUUAUUUGGAAUCUGUUUAUUCUGUCCAACACCAAAGAUAUCGAGUAAAUAAACAGAUUCUGAUCGAAAGGAUUUGGAAGCGGUUCAUUAGUUUGAUGUUAUUGUGAUUUUCUACAUUUUUAUUUGUUUGAGUCGUCUGCGGUAACACGAUCAGGGCAAAUUAUUAAUUACAGUGAGUUUUAUUUUUCAGAAUCUUUUCUCAUAUAUAUCACUCAAGGAUUAAACACACACACACACACACACACACACAGCAUCGAUUCACACUAGAAAAAUGUAUGUAAUUAAAAUGCCUCACUUAUCCACAUGUUAGACGUCAUAUAGUUUCUGUAAUAUCUGUAAAUAUUAAGCGAUUGAUUUAUUAAGUAAAAAAGAAAAUGUGAAUGAUUUUUUUUUAAAAUGAUGAUGUUCUGCUUUUGUCUCUUCCUCUCUGCUCCUGUGUGUUGUUCAGGGUGAUGAGGUGGACGUGUAGCUCAGGCCUUAUCGUCCGCUCCACAGAUCCCCAGCAGCGUUUUCUCAUAAUCUCCUGACGUGUCCGACUGCAACACACACAGGUUUAUACAGCGUUUACACAAGACUGACCUUUAACCUGACAAACACUAACUACAGAAUGCAGGACACCUUUCAUUCUGUUCAAGAAAACUUCCAUCAUCCUGAAUAUUAACAAGAAGAAUGGAGCUCUGAUUCAGAAACGGUGACGUGAUUUAGGAAUAAAACCUCAGGUUCCUUUAUACAUGAUGAGCAGCAGCUUUUAUUUUGUUUCACUGGAAAUAAAAAUGUUUUUCUCCUCCCUGAU